AUGCCCAGCAACCUCACCGCCCUCGCCGUUAUGCGCGCCGCGGUGGAGCUCCACGACGGCGUUGCCCCCGGCGAGUACCGCGACCUCCCCGACCCACUGGAGCUCCCCGGGGGCGUGUCGCUGCGCCGCGCCGACCUGCCGCCCUCGUUCCGGAGAUGCGGCGAGCCGGUCUACGCGCACCUACUGGAGGAGGGCCGGCGGUACCGCCGCGCUGAUGGCUUCCUGGUGAACACCUUCUACGAGGUGGAGCCCGCCACCGUGGAAGAGUUCAAGCUGGCAACGGAGCGAGGCGCGUUCCCGCCCGUGUUCCCAGUUGGGCCGUUCGUCCGGCCAGGCACAAUCUCCGACGAAGCCGUCGGCGCGUCCGCGUGCCUAGACUGGCUGGAUCUCCAGCCGACCGGAUCCGUGGUGUACGUCUCCUUCGGGAGCGGCGGGUCGCUGACCGUGCAGCAGACGGCCGAGCUCGCCGCUGGGCUGGAAGCGAGCGGCCACCAGUUCCUCUGGGUCGUGAGGAUGCCAAAUCUGGACGGUGGCAACGACGGCCGUGACCGUGAAGACGACAAUGCGAACCCGUUGGCGUGGCUGCCGGAGGGCUUCCUGGAGAGGACCAAGGACAAGGGGCUGGCCGUGGCGGCGUGGGCGCCUCAGGUGCGCGUACUGUCCCAUCCGGCGACGGCAGCAUUCGUGUCGCACUGCGGCUGGAACUCCACGCUGGAGAGCGUGACGGCCGGCGUGCCGAUGGUGGCGUGGCCGCUGUACGCGGAGCAGCGGAUGAACGCCGUGGCCCUGGUAGGGAGCGUCGGGGUGGCUCUGCCGCUGCGUCCGCGGGAGGCCGACGGCGUGGUGGCGCGCGACGAGAUCGCGGGCGCCGUGAAGGAGCUGAUGGAGAGUGCGGAGAAGGGGCACGCCGUGCGGCGGCAGGCCGGGGACCUGCAGCAGGCGGCGGCGCGCGCGUGGUCGCCGGAAGGGUCGUCCCGCCGGGCGCUGGAGGAAGUCGCCGCCACGUGGAAGAAGGCGACGCUCGGCAAGGUGAAGUAA